AUGGUCUCCAGAACUGUGAGUGACACGUGUUCUCAGACCUGGUCAACAGCUGGAGUUCGUGCUGUGCUAAGACCAGAUUGUUCAGUGUUGAAACCAGUUGGAGUUGUGAUGAUAUUUGCUGAUGCUCUGUUGAGACCAGCUGGAACUGUGAUGAUGGUGCUGGUGGCGGUUGGCGUCUUAGGGGCAACCCUAGCCGGUCCUGUGGCAGCCCCCGGAGGGACCAGCUACAGUGUCAGUAGCUCUGGAUAUGGUGGCUACGGUGGAUAUGGUGGCUACGGUGGAUAUGGUGGUUAUAGCAGCGGAUAUAACAACGGUUAUGGAGGAUAUGGCCGAUUUGGUGGUUUUGGUGGAUAUCGAGGAGGAUAUGGCAGCCCUUUUGGUGGAUAUGGAGGUCCAUAUGGACGAUUAGGUGGACAUGGUGGCUUCGGCGGAUAUGGGUAUGCAAGAGGAUACGAUGGUGGAUACGGAUAUGGACGUGGAUACGGCCACUGA